AGUCAGUGCUCCCCCCCAGCCAACGUAAGAGCAGUUUGCAUGAAGAACAGAGAUGAGAGAAGGAUUGUGCAGCUCAGGGACUGUUGGCAACUCUGACACUCAGAGGAGAAGCUGCAGCGGCACAGUCUGACGGUGAAGAGUGAGAAACUGCAGCUGCUGCAGGCCAAACAGAAGGGCAUGUUAUUGACAGAAAAGCAUCUCCAUAGAGGACUUGAGUCAAGUCUGAUUCCAACAUAACUGCCUCUGGUUAUGAAAAUCUGCACUCCAAGACUGAAAAGGCAGGGGGUAAGAUGUUCGUGGAGUCAGUCGUCCACUGGGGGGCGUGGAGCAUCCUACUCCAUUAUGGGCUCGGCGUAUCUGCUGGAAACUGUCCUCCACGUUGCAUGUGUCGACCUGAGGCAAAAGAAGUGAUAUGCUCCGGCAAGUACUUGAAUUCGGUGCCAGAGGGCUUUUCCAAUGAUGCCAGACGUUUGGAUUUAUCCCGCAAUAGGAUUAAGACUGUGGGACGCCGCCAGUUCUCCGGUCUCCAGCAGCUUCAAGAGUUGGACCUCAGUGAUAACAUAAUCUCCAUGAUUGAAGUAGAGGCUUUCUUGGGCCUACAGAAUCUCAGGACACUUAGAAUUAAGAACAACCGUCUCAAGAUCCUUCCUGUCGGGGUGUUCUCAGGCCUGUCCAGCCUUCGCUUUGUGGAUUUGAGCCAAAACGAGAUUCUGGUCUUCUUGGACUACACAUUUAAAGAAAUGACCAACCUGCAAAGACUGGAGGCCGGUGAGAAUGACCUCGUCUUCAUUUCCCAAAGGGCUUUCGUCGGUCUGCAGAGUCUACAGGAGCUUAACUUAGACCGCAGCAAUCUGACCUCCAUUCCUACCGAGGCCCUGUCUCAGCUUCAGAGCCUGACGCGGCUUCGGAUGUUACGCCUGGCCAUUUCCACACUUCCCAACAAUGCUUUCCGACGACUCCAUCGUUUGCGGAGCCUCACGAUCUCAAACUGGCCGGCACUGAACAAUCUGGCUGCUAACAGCCUCAUCGGCCUGAAUUUGACUUCGCUUGUGAUAAGUAGCUGUAACCUAAGUGCAGUCCCUUAUGCAACACUCCGCCAUCUGGUGUAUCUGCGUUUCCUGGAUCUGUCCUACAACCCCAUCACUGUUAUCCAAGGGAACCUGCUAGGUGACCUCCUGAGACUGCAGGAGUUACAUCUUGCGGGGGGAAGCUUGCUACGAAUAGAGCCAGGAGCCUUUAGGGGACUGUCCUUCUUUCGCAUGCUUAAUGUUACUUCCAACCAGCUCACUACUUUGGAAGAAGGUGCCUUCCAUUCUGUGGGGAACCUUCAGGUGUUACGGUUGGACGGGAAUCCCCUCGCGUGCGACUGCCGGCUUCUCUGGGUGGUGCGUCGCAGGUUACGCUUGAACUUUGACGGACAUCAGCCCACCUGCACUUUUCCUGAGGCAGUAAAACAUCGUGAAUUCAAAGACUUCUCAGAGAAGGAACUCCCUAGGGUUUUCACCUGCCGCCCGGCCCGUAUUAUGGACCGCAGACCACAGGAGGCGAGGGUGGAGGAGAGUACCACGGUCCUCUUCUCCUGCAAGGCCGACGGGGAUCCAUUACCGGAGAUCACAUGGGUUUCAUCUCAUAAGAACGUUGUCACUCCAACGGGAAGGAUAAGAGUUUUACCCAACGGUACUCUAGAAGUGCGUUUUGCUCAAGUUCAGGACAGUGGCACAUAUCAGUGCCUGGCGGGCAACGCGGCCGGUAACGACAGCCUGACUGUGGGCCUGUAUGUGAAGGGACUCCCACGUAACAGGACUCUUCCUUUGUUCACAGAGGAGGGCUGGGUAGAGCCUUCCAACUCCCAAGCUGCCAACUCCUCAGCCCAAAUGGCCAAGCCAUACCCGUUUGACGCAAAGACCCUGAUCAUAGCCACCACCAUGGGCUUCCUGUCGUUCCUCAGCUCGGUGGCCAUCUGCUUUGUCUUCAUGUUUUUCUGGAGUCAGAGCAAAGGGCAGAUCAAGCACACGGCCACAAUUGACUUUGUUCCACGUUCUUCCGUGGGAGGAGGAGGGGAAGGAGGGGACGGCGGGAGGUUUACCAUGAAACUUAUAUAAAGCCAAUGAGGAGGUUUGAGGGGUCAGAGACAGAGACCUGUAUUCAGAGGCAACUUGAGAAGGAAAACAGAAGCCUCCUAGUGAGCUUGUGCCAGUCUUCUUCUUAUUUUGGAGUUACUGUAAAAAGUUACAUCUCAGCAGCCUCUUGUCUGUGGAAUCCAACCAAAUACUGUAUCUCACGAUCCAGAUUGCAGACAGAGCUCUCUUGUGACGAUGGCUUUGCUGCUCUCAAAAACCCAUAUUUUCACAAAGCAGAUGUUACCUGGCAGUGAUUUCUUUUAAUGGAGUAUGGAACAUUUUGGGGAAUGAUUCAAGAGCACAGACGGAUUAUAAACAAUCACAUUUCUAAAACAUAGUUGCUGUUAAAGCAUCCACAUCGUGCUAGCGCACUCUCUUUUCGUCAUUUGCCAGAACAAGUCAAUGAAACAUGAUCACUUUUGAAGCCAAUUCUGCAUUGGUUUUACGUAAGACUUGUGAAUAUGUGACAAUAAAGCUUUUGAUAUUUAAGUAUGGAAUAGUGUACCGUAUUGUCCCGAAUAUAAGACGACCCCAAUUAUAAGACGACCCCCUCUUUUUCAAGACUUAAGUUUGAAGAAAGACUUUUUGAACACCAAAUUCAAUUUUUAUACAGAAAAUAAUUACAGUACAUCCGAAACAAAUGAUUAUAACAAUAUAUUUGAGAGAAAAAGCAUGUUAUUUUGCCUCAUUGAAAUCAUUAUCUUGAAGUUUGCAUCAUAACUUCUCCUCAGCUGCCGGUUUACCUUCCGAACUUCCACCCUCUUUUCUCCAGAUUGUCGCUACAUUUCUCCAUUUUCUGUUAUCUCUUCUCUUAUUUUCUUCUCUUUUCUUUCCUAUACUAUUUUUUAUUUUUCUUCUUCGUGACAGGGGUUUGCUUUGGCCUGGGGAGUUCAGCAUUCGCUUUAAAGAUAUCUGUGUGUUGUGAAUGGGUAUAACGUCUAGACCCCAAAUGUAAGACGACGCCCACCUUUUCAGUCUUAUUUCAAUGCAAAAAACAACGUCUUAUAUUCAGGGCAAUACGGUACCCAGAUAAAUUCUUGUUCUGUAUCUAAAAUUUGAGACAUUUUAGAACUGUGUGGCAUGUUAAAAGGUUGCUGCAUUGGAAAAUACUUUCAGUUGUGGGUCCUGGGUAGCGGUGUCAACAGACUCAUUGAUCGCCACAAUGUACAUAGGAAUGUAUUCCUUUCCCAUUUCUUACUUUAAAUAAGUUUUUCAGGUCUGGCUGUCCUUUUGUUGAUUAUUAUAUUUAACAUAUGAAAAUAUUAGAUGGCAGUUUGUUCUGUCAGAGCAUGCUGUGAUUUCGUUUUUUUUAAAUAUAUAUUCAGGAAACCACUUUUUUAUUUUGUAUCCAAGCAAAACACAGAUAAAUGCGUGCCUCAGAAACAUUCUCAACAUGGACAGAGAGAAUGCUCACUAAUCAUCCUGUAAAUAUUCAGGUUAAGAAUGAUUUUUAUCCUUGCUUUAUUCUUCAUCUAGUUCUGAGGGUUAGUCGUCACUCCAACAUGCCACUUUUCUUGUGUGUAUACUGAACUGUGUAGAUGCUUUAGGCUUCGCUCAAGACAAUGCUUAAUUACGUCAGGUAAGGAGUUUGUAAAUGACGCACACACACGCUGACAUACGUGUCUGUUAUUUGCUGUAAAUUCGUUUUUUUUUUCAUUCUGUCAA